GCCCCCUGGCUCUCCGCCCCCUCCGCUGGUUGUGGCGCUGGGUUGCAGCGCCGGUCGUGGCGGUUUCGGUACCCGAAACCGGGAUCGCGGAGUCGUUCCCUGGGGCGGCGGCCAGGCUAUGAUCGCGGGUCCCCGGCGUCCCUCUCGGGUCAACCAGAAUCCUUGUCUCAGCGUGUGCCUGUGGCCGAGCGGUCUCCUUCACCCGGUCCCACUGCGCGGUUGGCAGCGGCACUCCCGGCGCGCCCCCUCCUCCGAUGGCGGCGGAGAUCCAGCCCAAACCGCUGACCCGCAAACCUAUCCUGCUGCAGCGGGUCGAGGGGUCCCAGGAGGUGGUGAACAUGGCCGUGAUCGUUCCCAAGGAGGAGGGCGUGAUCAGCGUCUCGGAGGACAGGACCGUUCGCGUGUGGUUAAAGAGAGACAGCGGACAGUACUGGCCAAGCAUAUACCACGUGAUGCCUUCUCCAUGUUCAUGCAUGUCUUUUAACCCGGAAACAAGAAGACUGUCCAUAGGUCUAGACAAUGGUACAAUCUCAGAAUUCAUUUUAUCAGAAGAUUAUAACAAGAUGACCCCUGUGAAAAGCUAUCCAGCGCACCAGAGCCGGGUGACGAUGGUCCUGUUCGUCCUGGAGCUGGAGUGGGUGCUGAGCACGGGGCAGGACAAGCAGUUCGCCUGGCACUGCUCCGAGAGCGGCCGCCGCCUGGGCGGCUACCGCACGCGGGCCGGGGCCUCGGGCCUGCAAUUCGAUGUGGAGACCCGGCACGUGUUUAUCGGGGACCACUCAGGCCAAGUCACCAUCCUCAAGCUGGAGCCGGACACCUGCACCCUGGUCACCGCCUUCAGAGGACACACAGGUGGGGUGACCGCGCUGUGCUGGGACCCCGUCCAGCGGGUGCUGUUCUCGGGCAGCUCCGACCACUCCGUGAUCAUGUGGGACAUCGGCGGGAGAAAGGGGACGGCCAUCGAGCUCCAAGGACACAAUGACAAGAUCCAGGCCCUCUCGUACGCGCAGCACACGCGGCAGCUCAUCUCCUGCGGCAGUGACGGCGGCAUCGUGGUCUGGAACAUGGACGUGGAGAGGCAGGAGACCCCGGAAUGGUUGGACAGCGAUUCCUGCCAGAAGUGCGACCAGCCUUUCUUCUGGAACUUCAAGCAGAUGUGGGACAGCAGGAAGAUUGGCCUGAGACAGCACCACUGCCGCAAGUGCGGGAAGGCCGUCUGCGGCAAGUGCAGCUCCAAACGCUCCUCCAUCCCCCUGAUGGGCUUUGAGUUUGAAGUGCGGGUCUGCGACAGCUGCCACGAGGCCAUCACCGACGAAGAGCGAGCGCCCACGGCCACCUUCCACGACAGCAAACACGGCAUCGUGCACGUGCACUUCGAUGCCACCAGGGGCUGGCUGCUGACCGCGGGAACCGACAAGGUUAUUAAGUUGUGGGAUAUGACCCCGGUAGUGGCUUGAUGACACCCCAGGCGUCAGAAGGAUGGUGUUUGCUCCAGAAGUGGUGGCUGGGACCCAGGUCAGGACCGGAACCGCGACACGGACGUGCGAGAGGACGGGAGCUAGUGAAGUCCGCUGAGUGUGCAGCUGCCUGCGCGCACGGCGCUGAGCCAGUGCCUGUGCACCGGCAGGGGACUCCUUCGGCUUAUGCACACACUUCAAAGGGAGAUAUUUUUUUAACAAACGGUUUAUACAGUCUGGCUGUGCUGCAUUGUUUCACGUGUACGGAAAACUCUUUGUGGGGCGUUUCGUUUUUGUGUCUGUCAAGCCUUCGCUUCAGUUGUCGCGUUGCGCAUGGGAGAAGUGGGAGAAGCAUCUGCUCAGGGUGUUUUGGUGUCAUUACAAAACGGUGGCCGUGUUUCUCACGGCACACGGGCCCUUGGGCAGCGGCUGUCCUCUCCAUGUGUCUGUCCGCCCUACCCUUUGUCCGUGUGCUUCCAGUGUAUACCGGGGCUUCUGCUUCCAUAGAAACCCUCGUCAACCAAGAGACUGGAAGAACUGUCCUCGUAGGUUUACCAACGGACUCCUUAAAUCACCUGAAGAAUGAUCUCUAAUGUCUCACUUACUCUUGUUCCCAUUGAGUCGAAGGGCCUGGUGUUCCUGCCUCGGUUUUCUCUGUGUUUCCCACGUGAAAAAAUGAUGUGGGAAAGCUGUUCCCAACCGUUGUUGUCGCGGAAAUAGAUAGAUGACCCGAACUCAGAGCUUCCACGACCAUUUCUGACUCAGCGGGGGCCUCCCAAGCCUUCCACGUUUGGGUUUUGCUGACACAGCUCUCCCUCCCUCGGGAUGAAAGCAAACAAAACCCUAUGUCCCUCAAGGAAAAGCUUUUUUUUAAUUAUCUUUUCAUUUUUAAAAAGUUAAUUUUUAAAAUGAAAUUUAAAAAAUCUUUGGAUUUUAACUUAAAAAAAACUUUUUUAAGUUGAUUUUGGAGGGAGAGAAAGAGAGACAUCAACUUGUUGCGGUAGGAAUUUCUGCAUUCACUGGCUGGUUCUUGUAUGUGCCCUGGCGGGGGAUCAAACUGGCGACCCGGGUGUAGUCAGGACGACACUCUAACCAACCAAGCUACCCGGCCAGGGCAAAAAAAAACAAACAAACCUGUUUUCAGGGGUGUUUUUCUGUGUGACCUCACCUCUGAACUUGACCAUGUCCAUCACUGCAAGGUUGUGCCCUGCUCUUCCUCACCAUCUUGAGUUUUCUUUCCCUUUGAAAACCAGAGCCCUUCGCUCACUGUCACACUAAACGUUGGGACCUGAGACGUGACAGGCGCAGGCUCCCGCAGCUCCUGACAUGUCCUCGUCAGGAGUGUAGAAAAAGGACUGUGGAAAGUCAGCCAGAGAACCCCGUUCUAGAGGAAUCCAGCCAAGUCUGGUUCGGUGAAAUAGUCUUGCGUGUAGCAACUCAGCUUGGGAUAUUGCAGUCUGUUUUCAAAAAAUCUUAUUUGCACCUGUAAGAACAGAGCUUGAGUGAGCAAGCAUGCGCCGUGCACCUGCCCCACGCUGGGCUCUUCCCCCGUGCCACCUCAGCCAGCCCUCGCCUGCGGGGCCUUGGGGGGCCCUCGGGGUCUCUCGGGGAUCUCCAGACCACGGAACACCUCGCAGAUGCUCGGGCCCGUCGCUUGCCCACCCUAUCACAGCCUACCUCCACAGUGUCUUCCUCACGUCCGGCUCAACUGUUGUCUGGUGGUCAUACCUUAAGUCCUCCUUAUUUUUUUUCUCUUUUCCUGAAAAGCAAGUUUUUCCCCUCAUGAUCAUUAAUCCCUUUUCUUUCUAACCAAGAGAAGUACCACACUACCGGCCACACUUGGGCCCCACCCCUGACGCCGACCCAGCAUGCUUCCUGGGGGUGGGGCUUCCUCGAGAUGACUCUGCUGCUACAGUGUGGGUGGGCCGGACCCGUGGGUGGGCCUCAGUCCGCUACCGAGGCAGCUGCCACCCAGACACCAGGCCAGAUCAGCCCAUGGGACCCCCCUCGGAGGUGGUGUGUGUACACGCGUGCACACACAAGCGAUUCCCGGUGUCUCUUCGCUGGCCCCGUCCACACUACCGUUGCUUGCCUUCUUGCUGUUCAGGUUCAUCUGAGUCUUUCCCGCAUGGUUGGUCUGUGAGAGAGCUUUAAAAAGGGAACUCAAUUUAAAAUAUUCAGGUACCUAUUUUGUAAUUUAUUGCUAGAACCUGCAGCCGUUAUUAGGUUGUACGUAAUAGAGGACUACAUUGGAAAUGAGUAACAGAAAUGGGUUGUUCUGUUCUCCUGUUCUGAACUCCGGCACGUGCCCCUGUACACAGAAAGGAAAACCCGGAGCUGGAGAGGCAGUGGGCCAGGCACCCGCGAGCCUGGCGUGGGUCUGACUUAGGUCCAGGGGCGCUCGCACCCCAUUUGGGAAGCUGAUUGUCCCUGUUGGACCCCUUGGCACACCGUGGUGGCUGUCUGUGGCCCUGCACUUUGCUGUCACCACCUCCCUGCCAGCAUGGCCGUACCCCAGCCUGCAGAACCACUCGGAGACGAAACCACCUGACACUCAACUGGUGAUGAGAGCCCAAGGCACGGGCCGCAGACACGUCAAGGUGCCUGCUCCUCCGCCCUGUUCUUCCCCUCGUGUGAGCGGGCGCUGCUUGGAUUCGGUGAGGAGCACCUAGCAAACCGGUCGUGUGUGUUGGUGAUACUGUGAACUCAUGAGUCUCACUGUGACUCUCUACCACUGUUGUGACUCAGAUAUGGGUGCCGGUGUUGGGUGCCUGUGGUGGUCGUCCUCCACGCGUGUUGUGGAAACGAGGCUCCGUUCACCCGGAGAGGAAGCUGGGCCAGCACUUGCCUUUCCUCCUGUCCAGCUAGGUUGGCUGUCGUGGGUCUGGUUUGACUCGAUUGGAUUUGCACGUUACGUACAUUUUUGCCCUGUUCAGCGUGAGCAGCUCUGGCAAGCAGUGCCUGGCAGGGCUCAGUGGGGAAGCCUCAGUUCCCACGCCCACAGUUAUUCUUUCUUUGGUUGCAUCAAACUCACCGCGUGCUCUCGGUACCUCCAAAGGAAUGACGUUUCUGGAACCUUUAACCCCUGGGUGUGUCUCCACGGUAUCCAGAGUGGUUUUCCCUCACGUCCUUGGAGUCCUGUGUCUUUUUGUAUGAAGUCAACCAACCGUGGUGUAUUUCUCACUUGAUUGUUUGAGUUAGUCAAAGAAUCAUGACAUCCUGAAACUGGAAGGGAUCUUCAGAGAUCUAGAAUGUUCCAAGCACAGAACACUUUAGCCCUUUCGCAAGCAGUCAGAAUAGCUGAAUUGUGAACAAGAGAAUCCAAAAGGAUUUUUGAGGACUGACUGUUUUUGAGCGUGAACUGGGAAGGGCGACUUCCAGGGCCUCGAGGCAGGGAGCGCUGGGGACAGGUUUGUUCCUCGGUCUUGGGCAAAGGUGACCCGUCCUCCGCCCCCAGCCCCGUGGUCAUGAGACGGGCAGGUGCAGUGCAGUGCGACAGUCACCGCAGCUCUUCGUCAGCACGCGCCCCCUCCGCGCUCUUCCCCAGGGACCCCUGGCGACAGGGUCUCAGUGGGAACCGGGGCCUGGGAGGCCCCUGCCUCGCUCUCCUCAUCGGUGCCACCUGAGCUCGGGCUGGCCGCGGGGGGACGCCGGGCCUGCAGCGCUCACCCUCCCUGGGGAACCUGGCCUGUCCGUGGUCUGAGGGUCAUUGUUUACAGGCAGAAUUUAUUUUUCCUUCAGACUAAUCUAUUUUUAAAUCCCGAGUUUUGACUUCGAAGCAAAGAGAUAGCUCCAAACUAUGUUUCAAAGCCGCUGGAUGUAAACUGUUCAUUAAACGAGAUUCUUUUGGU